AGGGCAGCAGUGCAUGCAUCGAUGCGGACACGCUGCCGCGGCGCUGGAGUCAUACGCGCGCUCUCGGGUCGAAGCGAUGCGCUGCAGCGCCUCGGCUGCAGCGAGGCAUCCUCCCGAGAAGCCAUACGCGACGCCUAUUACAACCUCGCGAAGGCGUGCCACCCGGACCAGGGCGGCUCAGCGGCUGAGUUCCGCGCCUUGGCGACGGCAUAUGAGUGCGCGCUGCGCAGCGGCGACGACGACGACACUGCGGAUGCGACGCCCGCGCACGGCUUCGCUGCGGACGACCCGCUGGCCGUCUAUGUGCGCGUCGAGCGCGAACGCGCCGCAGCACUGCGCCGGGAACUCGCGGAAGCCGCGAAAUUGAACUCGGGCGGCCUCGACAAGGGCGGCAUGUGGUGGCUCGCGGAGCAGAUGGCCGGCGAGGAACCCGAGCCGGAGGCGGCGCCGCGGCCGCCGAAACAGGUGGGAGCCGCCGCCGCGCCCGCAGUCUUCCGCGCCAACGAUAGCGUCUGGGCGGCGAUGCGGGGCGAGACAAUACGGUUAGGUAUCACCGCUGAAAAAGUGGACGAGCUCGGGCUAACCACAGACAAGGCCUUCGUAGACCUCGCGCAGCUCGACAGCUUCACGCUGCCUGGGAGGCCGUUCGCGAUGGUCGAAGGUCCAAACGGCACCGCGCAGCUCGAAUCUCCGGUCGCUGGCGUCGUAUCCGCGCGGAACGAAACUCUGAUAGAGAACCCCGGUCGCCUCGCGCGAAACGCGGAGUGCGUCGACGGCGCCUGGCUCGUCGAGGUCGACGGAGACGCGGACGAGCUGGAGGACCUCCCCGAGCGCGCACCCACGUAA